AUGCAGAUCAUCGCUCCUAUCCUCUUCGCUGGCAUUGCUGCUGCCAUGCCAGGUGACCCAGGCUACAAGCCAGAGUACCAGCCACCGGCCUACAGCCCACCAGAGAAGCACUGCAUCACCAGCAGCACUUGCUCUGCCUCGUACCACACCACUACCAAGUGGGUCCCAUACGAGAUUACCAAGACUGUCACCCUCACCAGCUACACACCAAAGGUGUACAAUACCAAGGUUGAGAAGAACUACACCGUCACCAACUACAUCCCAUCAGUCUACAACAUCACCAAGACUGUCCCAGUGACAACAACCUACACCAUCCCAUACAGCACCUACACCACCAUCUGCACCACCUCCGCAGUCCACUUCAACAAGACCUCCGUCGCCUACACCAACAAGCUCAGCACCUGCCCACAGACUGACAAGAUCCCAAAGACUGACGUCAAGCACACCUACGAACACACCGCCUACACCACCAAGGCCCCCUGCCCCUACACCACCGUUGAGCACAUCACCUCCUCCACCCAGUCCGUCUGCACCGAGACGUCCUCCGUCUGCAAGCCCUACUCCACCUGCGACAACAAGGGUGGCGAGUACGGCCCACCUCCGCCAAAGACGGAUGAGUAUGCUCCACCCCCACCAAAGGAGACCUACCCAGCCAAGAAGAGUGAGGAGAAGCCGUACUCUCCACCAAAGGAGACGGGCUGGAAGAGCAAUGGUGGGUACUAG